AUGUCCCUCUUCAGUAACUCCCGAUUCAACUCUAGCCACCUUGCCGUCCCAUCCUUCCUCAGCGGCAAAAGCGCGAAGCGCGAUGCCCCCGCGCGUAACGAGAGGGCGGCAUUCGCCCAGCCCGCAUUCGACGCGGACCUCGACCUCGAGCUUUCCUUCGCGUCGACGAUGUCCUUGAACUCCCCCAUCCGCGACCCACAGCUCCUCACUCCCGACAAUGAGAACCCCGACCACGUCCCUAUGGACAUCUCUCCCGCCCCACCACGCAUGCUCCAGCCAUCGCAUGAGGGCAACACAUCACAACCGAAGCCUUUUGUUGGUCGCCCGCGCGCAGCCACGAGCGCUGCACGGUUAUUCGGUCGCGACAUGAGUAACGGCACGGACUCCUCUGCGCAGUUCUCUGGUUCCAAGUUGGGUACUGGUACCAAUAGCGGCAAGCGUCUCCAACGCGCCGGGCUACCCACCGAAUGGAUGUCGGCAUCACGUCCGCAAGACGAGAACGCGUUCAGUCAGCCUCUGGACAUUCCGUCGACACCCUCAGAUCGUAUGGACGUCGACACGUCGUUCAACUUCGCCCCAUCGACGUCCGCGCCCGACGCGCUCACUCCGCCUCUGUCCGCCGCAGCGACGAUCACUGGGUUCAACUUUGGGGCUCCCGUUCCCCUUGGCUCACCUGUGCCUCUCUCUGCGGCUCCGACUGUGACGUCUUUCAACAAUCGCUUCUUCGACGCUUUGUCCUCCGCCCAGGAACAACACGCUCUCCAAGAUCCCAACGUCUCAUCGGUCUCUAGCAUCGUUGAGAGCCCGUGCCAACCCUUCCCCAAGAAGCGUCGCUCUUCUUCGCCCGACUCUAAGAGCCUCCGCCGUAGCCAUCAGCACCUGUUCGACGAGGAAGAACCUGGCUACAUCUCAUCCCCUGCUCAGUCGUCACCCACGGUGCACAAGUUGGAGCGCAUGGCUAGCAGCUCGCUGCUCUCGAACCAGAAGAAGCCGGCGGGCCUCGGUCUUGGCCCGCCUCCUGCGGUCGCUCUCAACGCCAACAAGAAGCGCCCUCGUCGCCCUGCCUUGAGCGCGAUGAUUCAACCUAGCGAAGCCCCCACGUCCACUUCGCCGUAUCCUCUCACCGCCUACCCUGUGCCCUCCGGAUCCGAUGAGAAGGCCAGUCGGGAUGAGCCGCAGCGCCCGCGGUUGGCCCCCGUUCGUCGCGCGUUCUCUGCCAUGCUGCCGCCGAGCAUGGUCGAUCUCAGCCUCUCCAGCGAGGAUGCGAGCUUCGACCAAGACCCCGACAUGAGCUCGCCCGCGCAGGCGUACGCCAAGCGCCAGCAGGUGAAGACGAUCCGUCGCUGCGACGGCACGGACGACUUCCGUCCUAUCACCGGUGCGACCGCGCUCAUGAAGCGUGACGCAGAGGCCGUCUCGGGUCGUGGCUUGCGCAGGAGCGAGGAGCGAGAGGAGAAGGCCCGGACCGUCGCGGAGAGGGACACGCCGCGGAGCAAGUACCUCAACGCCGGGUCUGGCUUGGGCAGCUUCGGCGACAACGAGGCUGCGGGCAAGAUCUUGCCGUGCCAUCGCGUGCGCGAGGAUGGGUUGAUGAGAAUCAACUGCCACACGCUGAACGACUUGCUGGACGGCAAGUUCAACACGCAGGCGGAGAACUUCCACGUCAUCGACUGCCGAUUCGACUACGAGUACCUCGGCGGGCACAUCCCCGGUGCGAUCAACAUCAACACCACGGCGGGCGUCGAGGAGUUCCUACUCGGUAUGUCUGCGAAGAAGCCCCAGCCGUCGACGAGCGGGGAUGUCAGCAAGAAGACCAUUCUCGUCUUCCACUGUGAGUUCAGCGUUAAGAGAGCCCCGACCUUUGCUAAGCACCUCCGUUCCAAGGACAGAGCGAUGAACAACCACGUGUACCCCAAGGUCCACUACCCCGAGGUAUACGUCCUCGAAGGUGGGUACUCACAGUACUACACGGAGUGCAGCCCGCGGUGCCAGCCCAGCGCGUAUGUGCGCAUGGAUGACCCGCACUACGCCGCGUCGCGCAAGGAGGACCUCGACCAGUUCCGCAAGGGCAAGUUCGGGCGCACGAAGUCGUACGCGUACGGCGAGGGCAAGAUGCUUUCCAUGACGUCGGCCGCGCAGCAGGUGCAGGGUGUGCAGGCGAAGCGCAACACGGUCCCGAGCAGCGGCCCGAACUCGCUGUUUGCUGCAGCGAACGCGGCGCGCACUCGGAGAGGUGGCCUCCACACUCUCCAGGAAGACGGUAGCCCCGGCGGACACGAGAGCGACGGGGACGAUACGGACAUCGGCGACAGCCCGUGUCCGCCACCCAGCAAGAACGUCGUGUUCAAGGGGAAGAAGAUGGGCCGCGCACCGCUGGCAAGAGCGGAGACGUACAACCCGGCGCGCAUGACGAUGGGGUACUGAGCUUUGUGACUCGCUUUCUUCUUCCGACCUGCGGGUUUCUUUCGUGCCCUCCUCGGUUUUCGGAUUCGCUUCGCUUUCGGACUCGUCCCAGUCUACACUCACUAAAGUUCGCCCACAAGCCCGAGAAGAAGAUCAUGUCGUAAUGUCACCUCACGCUUCGCCAACGUCGUACGUGCUCGCAGCAAGUCCUCGAUAUGACCGCACCUAUGGAACCCCCAUCCGCCCCGCUCGCCUUCGACGAGCGGACGUAUGCCCGCUAUGCCCAGGAAUGCCCCUCGUUGAUGACGCUCGCUAUGCAUCGUCCGCGCCUCGCUGCGUGAAGCUCUCCUUUCGUCGUCCCCUCGCUUAUCGUCGCCCCCUCUCGUGCCAUCCCUCUCUCGUCGCCGCUCUCGCGCCUUGGGUCGACUCCUCUUCGGAUGCCCACCCAGGACGGGAGGUGCGGGGAGGCCUAACCAUUAUCGGAAAAGCUAGAAAAGCCAAGAUUAUCGCCGAUAUGUCUCCUCAAGUCGUCCACCCUUGCGUCUUGCCCCUCCUCCUUACCUCACAACCUCCCCGCCACACAUCAUCAAGACACCCACAUCCGCAUCAUCCCACCAACCACAUCCACCUGUUGGCCUCAUCUUCAC